GUUCCCCCCGCUCGUUCCUGCGCCUUUAACGCGGCCGCUCCCGCCGCCUCCCAGCUCGGGGCCCGGCGGCAGCGGCGCAGCGAAGAUGGCGGAGUCCGGCGGGGCCGAGUUCGGAGCCGAGCGGCCCAGCAGGGCAAUGUUCACAGGUGGGAUGAGAGAAGCCAGCCAAGAUGUGAUCGAACUGAAAGGUGUUUCUGCAAAGGGCCUGAAGCACAUCAUAGACUUUGCCUACAGUGCUGAAGUGACUCUUGAUCUUGACUGCAUUCAGGAUGUGCUGGGAGCUGCUGUCUUCCUCCAGAUGGUGCCUGUCGUGGAGCUCUGUGAAGAAUUCCUGAAGUCUGCCAUGAGCGUGGAAACGUGUCUCAAUAUCGGGCAGAUGGCCACCACCUUUAGCCUCUCAUCCUUGAAGGAAUCAGUCGACGCCUUCACUUUUAGACAUUUCCUCCAGAUCUCUGAAGAGGAGGAUUUCCUCCACCUGCCUCUGGAGCGUCUCGUCUUCUUCUUGCAGAGCAACAAGUUGAAAAGCUGCAGCGAGAUCGACCUCUUCCGUGCCGCCGUCCGCUGGCUGCAGUACGACCCCGGCCGCCGCGCCAGCGCCAGCCAAGUCCUCUGCCACAUCCGCUUCCCCCUGAUGAAAUCCUCGGAGCUGGUGGACAGCGUCCAGACCUUGGACAUCAUGGUGGAAGACGUCUUGUGCCGACAGUAUUUGUUGGAAGCCUUCAACUACCAGAUCCUUCCCUUCCGCCAGCACGAGAUGCAGUCCCCCCGGACCACCAUCCGCUCGGACGUCCUGUCCCUCGUCACCUUCGGGGGCACCCCCUACACCGACAACGACCGCACCGUCAGCUCCAAAGCCUACUGCCUGCCCGAGCCCGGCGCCCGGCAGUUCAAGGAGCUGACGGAGAUGGAGGUGGGGAGCAGCCACUCCUGCGUGGCCGUGCUCGACAACUUCGUCUACAUCGUGGGAGGGCAGCACCUGCAGUACCGGAGCGGAGAGGGAGCCGUGGAUAUCUGCUACCGCUACGACCCCCACCUCAACCAGUGGCUGCGAAUCCAAGCCAUGCAGGAGAGCAGGAUCCAAUUCCAACUCAACGUCCUGCAAGGAAUGGUCUAUGCCACCGGCGGGAGGAACCGCUCGGGCAGUUUGGCUUCUGUGGAGAAGUACUGUCCCAAAAACAACGAGUGGACUUAUGUCUGCUCACUGAAACGCCGGACCUGGGGCCACGCCGGGGCCACGGUGGGUGACAAGCUGUACAUCUCGGGUGGGUAUGGGAUUUCAGUGGAGGACAAGAAAGCCCUGCACUGUUACGACCCCGCCGUGGAUCAGUGGGAGUUUAAAACCCCCAUGAAUGAACCCAGAGUCCUGCACGCCAUGGUGAGUGCAAACAAGAGGAUUUAUGCUCUGGGAGGCAGGAUGGACCAUGUGGACCGGUGCUUUGAUGUUCUGGCUGUGGAGUACUACGUGCCUGAAACGGACCAGUGGACAACAGUCAGCCCCAUGCGGGCCGGGCAGUCGGAAGCGGGGUGUUGUCUGCUGGAGAAGAAGAUUUACAUUGUAGGGGGUUACAACUGGCACCUGAACAACGUCACCAGCAUCGUGCAGGUGUACAACACCGAAACGGAUGAGUGGGAAAGGGACCUGCACUUCCCAGAGUCUUUUGCUGGGAUAGCCUGUGCUCCUGUCAUCCUGCCACAGGUCACCACCCAGAGGUAGCCACCUGCCACCUCCUCGGCCCCUCCAGCUGCUGUCCUGCAUGUCACCAGGGUGCUGUGGUGUCCCUCUGGCGUGUGCCCACGGCUGUUGUGCAUUUUGGGGGUGAGGGAAGGAGAAAAAACCACAAAAAAAUCUUCUGUUCCCUCCUCCACAAAGCCCCUCCUCCUCUCCUGGAGUGUCCUGGCAAGCCUGUUUCCUCAGGAGCACUUGUCAGCUCGUUAGACUUCACAGAUGUUACAGCUGGAAAAAGAUUUUCUCUUUUUUUCUUGGAUUUUUUUUUUUUUUUGGGGGGGGGGGGGAGUUUUGUGCAUUUUGCCAACUUUUCAUAUUUUUAACAAUGUUUCACACACUGCAAACACUGACAGCUCAGGAGCAACUAAGAACUGUGGUAUGCUUUCAAGAGUUCAGGUGUGCUCCAAAAAUCACUGUAUAUCACUUUGCUGGUUUUUAGCAAGCAAACAAACAAAAAAAACACCCAACAAAACCAAAACUCAUAUAACAUACUGACCUCCAGAAGCAAUAAAGGGACAGUGGGACCUAGAAGAGCUCAGGUGCUUGAAUUAGGAUUGCAAAUUUUUGCUUUUCAAAGGUGACUCCUUUGGGGUUUUUUUUCCCCUUUCUGGAAGGGGAAUCCCUGAACACCUCUGGUCCCCCUUGGUUCUUCCUUGCUUGGAUUCCACUGCAGCUCCACGUCCCUUCCUCCCUUCUUCCAGACAGCAGCAUGUCAGAAAUUCUGCUUUAAUUGGAGCAUCCAGCUUUUGCAACACUAAAGCCAUGUUGAUAGCUUGAUUAAAUAUAAAUGGGCAUGGUCGUUUUGAUUUUAUAACUGCCAAAAAUUUCUUCAGCUUCACUGGCAAUAAAAAGCCCUUUGUCAGGGCUGACCCAGGGAGGCAGAGGGCACCUGGAAGCUUGUGCCUCUGCCUUUCUGAUCACUCCAAUACACCUUCACCCAACUCUUUUUGGGCAGCAAAGGAGGCAGGUGCUACUUGUUCAUCAGCUUGGAGGUUUUUUCUCCCUUGACUUGUAAAUAAAAUCCUUGGUGUUGUGAUCUGAGGGAAGUCUUUUUGGGCAGAAUGUUUGGAUUUGUUGUUGUUGCCAGUGGGCAUUUUAAAUCAAGAGCUGAAGCUGACACUGUCUGUAAAAACUGUGUUUGCUACACAGAAUGCUGUUACUGAACUUCCUCCUAGCCCUUUUAUUUUCUAAUUAAUUUGACCAACUAAGGAACUGAAAGCUUUUAUCAGGUAUUCUGUUCCCAGGGCUUUGUUUUGUACCAGCAGAAGUUGGAUUUUCACGUUUGCAGUCUCCUUUUGAGAGCAACUCUUGCAUUCUGCUGUUAAAUGACUACUGUGCUGUAACCUUGAGAGACACUACAGGAUGUUUUGCUACUGAAUCAUUGAGCAGGUCUGUGGGAAGCAUGAACUCCAUACCUCAAAUUCUCUUGAAGAUCCUUUAAUAACAAAAAUCAAAGCACCUUUGGACCUGGUACAGUGAGGGGAGGUGCUCCUCACUUCAGCUUUCUAAAUUUGAGUUCAAAUGGUGCCUCGUUUCAUCUCUUCCUAUCUAUCUGUUGGUUUGCCAGUAAUAAAUUAAUGAAAAGUGGUUGUUGGUGUAGAGUGUGCUGAAGUCAGUGGGCAAGCUCUGCUCU